UGUUUACGUGGUGACGUGUACCGGAAGUAUUGAAUUAGCAAUUAGCUGUAGAAGCCUUAUAGAACUGUAUUAUAGUUUUCCGUUUGCGUUUUUGCUUAAUUUUAUUUCAGUUGUGCUGAUUUGUCACAUAUGUGCAUUAAAUGCUGUUAUAUAUUUUCUCAGAUGUUAAAACUAACCUGCUAGCGUGCGCUUAGCCUAGCUAACAGCGUUACCUUGUGGUUACUUUUGCUCUUUCACGCUUUCAGGUCUGCAUCUUCAGCCUCUGUGCACUGAAGCAAUGGCAAAUCCAAAUGACCUACAGUUUCAAGAGUUUGAAGAAGCAGCAGCAUUAUUGUCUGCAGACCCUGCAGCCUCCACACUCAGUGUAUCUGCCUCCAACGCUAACACAGCAGAAGAAGGAGGAGGAGGAGGAGAAGAUGUGAAACUGAACAUGUCAGAGGAUGAGGAGGGUAUUGAGGAGAGUUCAGAGCUCUUAGGAGGACAGAAACCAAGCAGUGGCUUCUGGACCUUUGAAUACUAUCAGUCUUUCUUCAAUGUGGACACAAUGCAGGUGCUGGACAGAGUUAAGGGGUCGAUGUUACCAUUACCUGGGAGGAACUUUGUCAAACACUUCCUCAGAAAUAACCCUGAUCUGUACGGUCCGUUCUGGAUCUGUGUAACUCUGGUGUUCUCAGUCACCAUCAGUGGGAACCUCUCCACCUUCCUUAGCAAGAUGGGAAACUCGUCUUACCACUACAGACCACAGUUCCACAGAGUAACGAUAGCUGCAUUCGUAAUCUUCUUGUACGCCUGGUUGGUUCCAAUUGGUUUAUGGGGCUUCCUGACCUGGCGACAAGGUGGAGAGAGGCAGAUUAGAGGUUAUUCCUUCCUGGAAACUGUUUGUGUCUACGGCUACUCUCUCUUCAUCUACAUCCCCACAUCUGUGUUGUGGAUCAUACCAAAUGAAUGGUUCCAGUGGACACUGAUCCUUGUUGCCAUCUUGAUCUCUGGCUCCGUUUUAGUCUUUACCUUCUGGCCCGUUGUCUGCAAUGACAGCAAGGUGAUGGCACUUGCUACAGUGGCGACCAUAGUGAUUUUGCACAUGUUGCUGGCAAUUGGCUGCAAGAUGUACUUCUUCCAGACAGCAGUCGACAAAACAUUGAAUCCUAAAGUGCCCACCAAUGACACAGUACUGACCAUCGAACCCCACUGACCAACAUAAAGGAGGACUAAUAGAAAUUUUUUUUUUGUUGUUUUUGUUUUUUUAUCAUUUAAAAAUGUGAAACUGGUUAAGGAAAUGUUGAUUAUUGCUGUUGUGCAUUUUCUUUUAUGCUCUUUUGAUGAAGUUUUGGGACAGGUGUCUGUGGGUGUUUACCUAAUUUAUUUCGAGUUGGUUACGUGGCAUUUUUACACUGCACUAACUUCUACGGGGACAUGUUAGGGUGUGAAGCAUGUCACUGUUCUGCAUCAGUUUCUUCAGCACCAAAGAGACAUUUUUUUCCAUCAAAGGAUUCAAGUGCUUCAGAUUCAGGAGAAAAAUCUGAAAAAUGAUGGUAAUUUGGAGUCUACAUUGAAACCUUGUUCCUACCAAUUGAAUUCCACUGUGCACAACACACGCACUGGUAAUAACAAUGUGAUUACAUGGACUACAUACUGGCCCAAAUCCUUAUUAGUGAUAUCAGCGCCUGUAACCAAUUGCCUUUUUUUUUAAGCAGAUAUUUUUGAAAUGCAUUGUACAAGGAAGGGGGAAAAAAUGUAUCCUUGAGCCGUGGGAAAGGAAGCUAUGGUAGGCUGCUGUGAACUUUUUUUUUUUUUUUUUUUUAGUGUUACUGGAAAUGCACCGUUUUGUAACUUCCAGUUGAUUAAAAAAAUGUGCAAAUUCAGCAAAAGGGUUUGUUUACAAAAAUAUGUAUUUGUGGUUGUGCUGCACUUUUCUUAAUAAAUUUAACUUUAAAGGGGUGA